AAGACAAGAAAAAGAAGGAAGGUGCUCAGAAAAAGGCUGCUGAUCCAAAAACCAAAGUGCCAGAACUUACUAAGACCUGUUCAAGCCAGCCCCAACCUGCCGGUACCAGUACCAGUACUUCCACCAGCACUCUCUCUAGCAGCAGCAAUGGCAAACGUUCAUCUGCCUGUGGCCAGCAGCCAGCUGCAUCCCGUUACCUGCCUCGGGAGGUGCCUCCACGCUUUCGCCAGCAAGAGCAGAAGCAGCUGUUAAAGAGAGGCCAGCCAUUGCCUACAGGGACUCUGACCAGUGUGAGCCCAGCACAGGCUGCUAGACCUGCAGGAGCAAGCCCUCCUCCCCUCCCUGGAGCUGGGACACAGCAACAUCCCAGCAAACUCCAGCCAGAUCUUGGUCACAGUGGAUUGGCAGAUCAUUAUGAAAAUUCCCACUGGGGACAGCAGCCCUCUUACAGAAGUGAAGCCAACUGCAGCUGGGAUAAAGUGACCAUAGACAGGACUGAGCAGGAGGUGUGGCCGUCCACCCCAGUAACUGAGACUGAGUCUGCCUCAGCAUGUCCUACAGACACUGACCCUGCCUCCAACUGUGGCUCAGAGAACAGUAGCAUGGCUACAGGGAGCGCCCCGGGCAGCUUCACAGGACAUCCCAAGAAGACAAAUGGCAAUAAUGGCCCCAGUGGUGCACUCGUCCAAAGCCCUUCGAAUCAGAGUGCCCUUGGGGCAAGUGGAACCAACGGGAAUGGAGGUGUGGCCAGAGUGUGGGGUGUAGCCACAGGCUCCAGCUCUGGCCUGACUCACUGCUCUGUUGGUGGUGGAGAUGGAAAGAUGGACAACAUGAUCGGAGAUGGGAGAAGUCAAAAUUGUUGGGGUGCUUCCAACUCCAAUGCGGGCAUUAAUCUCAACCUUAAUCCUAAUGCCAACCCAGCUGCCUGGCCUGUACUCGGGCAUGAAGGAACUGUGGCAACAGGCAACCCUUCCAGUAUUUGCAGUCCAGUCAGUGCCAUAGGUCAGAAUAUGAGCAGCCAGAAUGGGAACCCAGUGGGCACCCUAGGUGCCUGGGGAAACUUGCUGCCCCAAGAGAGCACAGAACCACAGACGUCCACUUCUCAGAAUGUGUCUUUCAGCGUACAACCUCAGAACCUUAACACUGAUGGACCAAAUAACACUAACCCCAUGAACUCUUCACCAAACCCUAUCAAUGCAAUGCAGACAAACGGACUGCCAAACUGGGGCAUGGCUGUUGGUAUGGGGGCCAUCAUCCCGCCCCACCUGCAAGGCCUUCCUGGUGCUAAUGGAUCAUCAGUCUCUCAAGGCAGUGGAAGUGGUGGGGAAGGAUUGGGCAGUUCUGUGUGGGGACUGUCCCCUGGCAACCCUACCACAGGAAAUAACAAUUCUGGGUUCAAUCAGGGGAAUGGAGACACUGUGAACUCAGCAUUAAGUGCUAAACAGAAUGGAUCCAGCAGUGCUGUGCAAAAGGAAGGGAGUGGAGGGAGUGCCUGGGACUCGGGACCUCCUGCAGGUCCUGGCAUCCUUGCCUGGGGAAGGGGCAAUGGCAACAAUGGCAUUGGUAAUAUCCAUUCAGGAGCUUGGGGCCACCCCAACCGAAGCACUUCUAAUGGUGUGAAUGGGGAGUGGGGGAAGCCCCCAAACCAGCAUUCCAGUAGUGACAUCAAUGGGAAAGGAUCAACAGGGUGGGACAGUCCCAGUGCCGCCAGCCAGACACCUGCCUUGCAGCCUGGCAGUGAACACAUGAACUCGUGGGCCAAAGCCGCAUCUUCUGGAACUACAAGUGAAGGAAGCAGCGAUGGGUCUGGCAAUCAUAAUGAAGGAAGCACUGGGAGGGAAGGAACAGGAGAGGGCAGGAGGCGAGACAAGGGGGUUCUAGACCAAGGGCACAUCCAGUUGCCAAGGAACGAUCUUGACCCAAGAGUUCUGUCUAAUACUGGUUGGGGACAGACUCCUGUAAAGCAAAACACUGCCUGGGAAUUUGAAGAGUCCCCCAGGUCUGAGAGGAAAAAUGACAAUGGGACAGAGGCCUGGGGUAGUGCAGCUACUCAGCCUUCAAACUCAGGGGGGAAGAGUGAUGGGGCCAUCAUGAACAGUACAAAUACCUCUUCAGUAUCGGGGUGGGUCAGCUCGCCACCUGCCGCCGUGCCAGCAAACACAAGCUGGGGAGACAGCAACAACAAAGCACCAACUGGCCCAGGAGUUUGGGGGGACUCAAUAAGCUCUACUGCUGUUAACAAUGCUGCUGCCACCAAGAGUGGCCAUGCUUGGAGUGGGACCGUAAACCAAGAGGACAAAUCACCCACCUGGGGUGAACCUCAGAAACCCAAAUCCCAAAACUGGGGAGACGGACAAAGAGCAAACCCAGCCUGGAGUGCAGGAGCAGGAGACUGGGCAGAUUCAUCAUCUGUCCUUGGACAUCUAGGGGAUGGGAAGAAAAAUGGAUCUGGAUGGGAUGCUGAUGGUAAUAGGUCAGGGUCUGGUUGGAAUGAUGCCACGAGAUCUGGGACCAGUGGCUGGGGCAGCGGCACAAAUGCUAAGGUGAAUCCAGGUACAAAUUGGGGGGAGUCUCUCAAGACUGGUACCCAGCAGAACUGGGCUCACAAGCCUCAAGACAACAAUGUGAGUAACUGGGGAGGAGCUGCUUCUGUUAAGCAGACAGGGACAGGGUGGAUUGGGGGGCCACUGCCAGUCAAGCAGAAGGACAACAGUGAGGCAACUGGCUGGGAGGAGCCUUCCCCACCAUCCAUCCGACGCAAAAUGGAAAUUGAUGAUGGUACCUCAGCUUGGGGGGACCCAAGCACCUACAACAAUAAAACUGUAAACAUGUGGGACAGAAACAAUCCAGUCAUCCAGAGCAGUACCACAACCCCUGCCACUCCCACGACCCCCACCUCGAGCAGCACCACACACCAGGCUGAGACGCCACCUUCACACCAGGCUGGCACUCAGCUGAAUCGGUCACCACUGCUCGGGCCAGUUUCAUCCGGCUGGGGAGAAAUGCCCAGUGUUCACUCCAAGGCUGAGAACUCAUGGGGAGAGCCAUCCUCCCCGUCUCCCCUGGUCGACAAUGGCACAGCAGCGUGGGGGAAGCCUCCCAGCAGUGGCAGUGGAUGGGAUCAUCCUGCUGAACCAGUGGUGCCCUUUGGAAGAGCCAGCGCUCCUGCUGCUGGCCCAGCCCUGUGCAAACCAGCUUCCAAAUCUAUGCAAGAAGGCUGGGGCAGUGGUGGGGACGAAAUGAACCUGGGCACCAGCCAGUGGGAGGAUGAGGAUGGGGACAUGUGGAAUAAUGCUGCCUCUCAAGAAAGCAGCUCAUCCUGCAGCUCCUGGGGAAAUGCCUCAAAAAAAGGACUUCAGAAGGGCAUGAAGACGCCAGGCAAGCAGGAUGAGGCCUGGAUCAUGAGCCGGCUGAUCAAACAACUCACAGACAUGGGCUUCCCGAGAGAGCCAGCUGAAGAGGCCUUGAAGAGCAACAGUAUGAACCUUGACCAGGCCAUGAGCGCUCUGCUGGAAAAGAAGGUGGACAUGGACAAACGUGGACUGGGAAUGACCGACUACAAUGGAAUGGUCACCAAACCCCUCGGCUGCCGCCCACCAAUCUCCAAAGAGUCUUCCAUGGACCGCCCCACCUUCCUUGACAAGCUCACCCUUUCUUUCUCCAAUCAGGAUGGCGGCCUCGUGGAAGAGCCCACGACUUCACCGUUUUUGCCUUCCCCAAGCCUGAAGCUCCCCCUUUCCAACAGUGCACUCCCUAAUCAGGCCCUGGGUGGGAUUGCCUCAGGGCUGGGCAUGCAAAACUUGAACUCUUCUAGACAGAUCCCGAGUGGCAAUCUGGGUGUGUUUGGCAAUAGCGGAGCAGCACAAGCCAGGACCAUGCAGCAGCCGCCAGUGCAGCCUCUUAAUUCCUCCCAGCCCAGCCUCCGUGCUCAAGUGCCUCAGUUUCUAUCCCCUCAGGUUCAAGCACAGCUUUUGCAGUUUGCAGCAAAAAACAUUGGUCUCAGCCCUGCACUAUUAACCUCGCCAAUUAACCCUCAGCAUAUGACGAUGUUGAACCAGCUCUAUCAGCUGCAGCUGGCAUACCAACGUUUACAAAUCCAGCAGCAGAUGUUACAGGCCCAGCGGAAUGUUUCCGGACCCAUGAGACAACAGGAGCAGCAAGUUGCGCGCACAAUCACUAAUCUGCAGCAGCAGAUCCAGCAGCACCAGCGCCAGCUGGCCCAGGCCCUGCUUGUAAAGCAGCCUCCACCACCGCCACCCCCGCCGCACCUGUCUCUGCACCCUUCUGCAGGCAAAUCGGCCAUGGAUAGCUUCCCCCCUCAUCCUCAGACUCCCGGCCUUCCCGACCUGCAGACCAAAGAGCAGCAGUCUUCACCCAACACCUUUGCUCCUUAUCCUCUUGCUGGAUUAAACCCAAACAUGAAUGUCAACAGCAUAGACAUGAGCAGUGGUUUGUCUGUGAAGGACUCAUCUCAGUCCCAGUCACGCCUCCCUCAGUGGACACAUCCCAACUCCAUGGGUAACUUGUCUAGUGCUGCUUCUCCCCUGGACCAGAAUCCUAGCAAGCAUGGUGCUAUCCCUGGAGGUCUAAGCAUCGGGCCUCCGGGUAAGUCCUCCAUUGAUGACUCGUAUGGCCGGUACGAUUUAAUCCAGAACAGUGAGUCACCAGCCAGUCCUCCUGUAGCUGUUCCUCAUAGCUGGUCACGUGCCAAAUCUGACAGUGAUAAGAUCUCAAAUGGCUCCAGCAUCAGCUGGCCCCCAGAAUUCCAUCCCGGAGUUCCGUGGAAAGGACUUCAGAAUAUUGAUCCCGAGAAUGACCCUGAUGUCACUCCUGGCAGUGUCCCUACUGGACCUACCAUCAACACCACCAUCCAGGAUGUCAACCGCUACCUCCUCAAGAGUGGAGGAAAACUGUCAGACAUGAAAUCAACAUGGUCCUCGGGCCCAGCCUCUCACUCACAAGCCUCUCUGUCUCAUGAGUUGUGGAAGGUACCCAGAAACACUACUGCACCCACCAGGCCACCUCCAGGCUUAGCCAAUCCCAAGCCUUCCUCUACCUGGGGCACCAGCCCCCUAGGCUGGACCAGCUCCUACUCCUCGGGUUCUGCUUGGAGUACUGACACCUCAGGAAGAACAAGCAGCUGGCUCGUUCUGCGCAACCUCACACCCCAGAUUGACGGUUCUACACUGCGGACGCUGUGUUUGCAGCAUGGGCCUCUCAUCACAUUCCACCUGAAUCUGACCCAAGGCAACGCUGUGGUCCGGUACAGCUCCAAGGAAGAAGCCGCCAAGGCCCAGAAGUCUCUGCACAUGUGUGUAUUGGGAAACACCACCAUCUUGGCUGAGUUCGCUGGUGAAGAAGAAGUGAACCGCUUCCUGGCCCAAGGCCAAGCCCUGCCACCCACCUCCAGCUGGCAAUCCAGCAGCGGGGGCAGCCAGCCCAGGCUGGGCUCCUCAGGCAGCACCCACAGCCUAGUGCGCAGCGACACUGCCCACUGGAACACCCCAUGCCUGAGUGGCAAAGGCAGCAGUGAACUGCUGUGGGGUGGGGUGCCCCAGUACUCCAGCAGUCUCUGGGGCCCUCCCAGUGCUGAUGAUGCCAGGGUGAUCGGCAGCCCCACGCCUCUCAACACUCUGCUGCCUGGGGACCUGCUCAGCGGCGAGUCCAUCUAGGGGUCACCGUCAUUGGGGAGGAGAGAGCUGACCAUGCCAGGCCCGGCUCUGAGGCUCCAGCUGAUGGACAAGCUGCCCCUUCAAGUACCUCUGUCCAGUUUUGAAGAUGAACCUUGGCCUCAGCCCUUGCGAACUGUUGAAGACAGUGCGGGCUGCUUUUGGUCAGCGUCACGUGCUAACGACAGGAUGUUCCUCAUAGCUUUUUAUUUUAUGUCGUCUUACGUUGUACGGUGUGUUGUCAUUUUGAGUUUUAAGUAUAAAAGCUGCUUAGAAUAGUUCUAUCAUGAAGGGCACUUUUCAGACUGUGGGCUGGAAAGGGUUAUUUUAUGGUGGGGUGGGGGGAGACUUGAAGCCUAUUUAAAGUGAGCCUGUGACGAUUAUGCACAUUACCAGAGGCGGCGGGCGGGGCAGGCAGCUGCAUUGUGCAGGCACAGAGCUGAGGCGCGUGGCCAGUGCUCUGUCCCCCCUGGAUCCGCCUAUGCACAUUACCCUUCUUUCAUUACUUUUUCAUGUCAUUUUUUUUAAUCCCAAAAAAAUAUUUUUUAAAAGUUAAAAAAAAAAAGACAUAUCAAACAUGCAAAUACUUGAACCCAGCAGGCCAAUACCGAAAUGUGAACAGUUCCACGUUGACAUCUGUGCACAGAAACAGGCUCUAGGAAAUGUCUACAUUCAUAGCCUACGUGUGCGUGUGCGUGUGUGUGUGUGCGCGUGUGCUUGUGGAACAGUGUGUAUGUGCGCACGUGCUCUUGCACAGUUAGCGCUUACUGUGUGUUUGUGAGUGUGUGAGGGAUUUAACUGUGGGUUUCCCUUUUAUUCAGUAUAUGCUUUUUUUAUUUUUUAUUUUAUUUUAUUUUUUUUUGCGCAUUGGUCAAAUGUCAUUGUUCUUCGCUUCUAACUUUGCACUGAGGUGUCCCUGCCCUUCCCUCGGCUAACCCUGAACAGUAGAGAACCCAUGGGACAGGGCUGGUGACAAUUCACGUGUAAAUGUUUACUCAAGGACUCUGUUAUUGCAUUUAAAGUUACAGUGUAUAUCUCUGGAGAAAUAAUAUGUCUAUCUACCUUUAGCAGCUUUUCAUUGUGGACUAAUGCAAGAAGAUUAUUACCAGAGUAUUGCACCAUUUCCAUCUGGAAUAUAAAGUUAAAGAGAAAAGCAAAACCGUUGUUGAACUGUGGCCAUAGAUACUUGUAGAGAAUGGGUGUUCCGCAAGGAGCUGGGACAAGCACUUGGACAUGGGUUGUGACUGCUUUUGGAGGAGCUGUGGUUUGGGCUCCCACCUGUUUACAGACCUUUUGUUCUCCUUCAGACUUUAAAAUAAAAUUUAAAAAAAAAUUAAAAAAAUUUAAAAGGAAUAAAAAAAAAAAAAGACUUCCAUCGUAAAAAAACAAAACAAAAACAAAAAAAAAAAAAAAAAAAAAAAAACCAAGCAAACAAAACCUAUUUUCAGAAUGCAGAUGUGUUACUUCAGAGCUGUGGGAUGGGACGUGCUGUCCCCUCCAGCCACCAUGGACUCUGUCGAUUGUCUUCACCCUUCCUCAAGGUGACAAGGCAUUGUGGUCUCUGUCUUGCACAUGCCGGCUAGCUCUCAGGAAAGCCAGGGCUCCCGGGGCAGCUCCACACCAUUUCAUGUAUUUUUAAACCCAACUCCUAGCACUGAAGAUGUUAUUUAAAAAAAAGGAAAAAAAAAAAAGGAAAAAAAAAAAAAAAAAACCACACACACAAAGAAGAAAAAUACCUAAUCUCUAAUGUGUAGCAGUUACAUAUUUACCAAAUAAUGGACUCAAAAGAAAUAGAUGUUUGAAGAGUGCUUUAUAUAUUAAAAAUUGCUUUAUGUUUUAAAGAUGA